CGACAGCAGGCUCUUCUUCCUCCCAAUCCCGAACUCCAUCUCAACCGCAACCGCCCGUCGCUUCGUGGCCGCCCACUCACCACGCCCGCCUCGCCCGCCGCGGGAGGGAACAAGCGCUCAGGCUGCUUUGUGGGGGCGCCCCGCCGGGAGGGCGAAUCCCGGUGGAGGUGAACCCUGUUUGCCAGCAGAUCUCGCCGUUGGGAGGCCAGAGCUGGGCGGCAGAAAGAAACGUUGUGCUCGAGUUCGAGGUCCUCGCGGAGAUAGCCAAGGCGAGAGGGAAGACCGUGGCGCAGAGCCGCCAGGAGGGAGGAAGACGUCGCCGGGACCUACUGCUCCGUGCCUCCAGUUGGUACGCGUCCCACGCUCCGUGCCUCUAGCCAUAGGCUACUUCGUGGGGGCGCCCCGCCGGGAGGGAGGAAGCCGCCACUGGGAGGGACUCGUUGCUCCGUGCCUCCGGUUGGUCCGUGCCUCGUGCUCUCGAUGCCUUCAGCGGGUCUGCGCCCCUACUCGCACUCCAGAUCCAGAGGCACUGCAAGCUUUCGGCCUGCUGCUCCUAUGUGAGAUCCAGUCGUCGACGUGAUCUUCUUAACAGUAGUGUGUGAGAUCCAGACACCGACGCGAUCUUCUUGACAGCAGCAGCAGUCUCCUCCAGGCAAGGAGCACAACCCUCUACUAUCUAUAAAUGUUGCCACCCUUUGCCUAUAUGGGUUCUUAACGUCGUUAUUUCCUAUGAAAUGGGAUGAAUCGUAUUAUUCCCAAUGAUGAGGUUGAACCAAUAGAAGUAGUUGCUGCCCCCGAUGAUGAUGAGAGACAGUAUCCUGGGUUUGUUGACAAGUGGGAUAUGCUAGAAUUUGAGGACUAUAAUGGAGACAUUUUCACAGGGGCACAAUUUAAAGAGACUGAUAAAGAGGAGGAGGAAGAAAACAUAGCUAUGGGGGUGGAUGAGCAAGGAGAGGGUGGUGAUGUACCAAGAAAUGAUUAUGACAGAGAUAAUCCAUCCUUAAAAGAAGGCAACACAUUUGCAUCGAUGACCGAAUUUAGGAAUGCACUUGAUACCUAUUGCAUCAAAGGCGAGUAUGAUUAUGUAAUUGACAAGAGUGAGCCAACUAGAAUGACUGUUCAUUGCGCAUUUGAGAGCUGUCAGUGGAGGAUAUAUGCUUCCAGUAUGCGGAAUAGUACAAUUAUUCAGGUCAAAGUGAAUCCAUCUCCUCGCACUUGUCCAAGUGAAAGAAAAGGGUCACAUAAGUAGCUAAAAGUAGAUGGUGUGCAAAUGCAGUAUUAGAAUGGGCGACAUAUAACUCAUGCAUUGGUACAACUGAACCGGUAAAGAAGAUCAAAGAGAAGUACAACAUUUUGGUGCCUUACAUGAUAGUGUAUUAUGGCAAGGAAAUGGCUCUUGACAAGAUUUAUGGCCCAUGUAAGGAAAGCUUUAACUUAUUAUUCACUUUCAAAGCUGAAGUGGAGAAGGCGUGCCCAGGUAGUGUUGUUGAGAUUGACCAUCAUACGGUGGAUUAUAAAGUGAGAGGCAAGAUUUUGAACAAAGAAUGUUUUAU